AUGGGCCAUGACAAUGUGGCAGGGCAGUCAUCAACCCGUGGUGUCCCUGUAGUGGUGUCUUUGCAGUCAGAGAGUCAUACUCUUGAUGACACGGGCACCGCGGCAAAUGUUCCUGGUCCAACCAGGACUGAGCUUGGUGCUGGCGCUGUUGUCGGUGCUGUGCAAGGAGAAGAAGGAGAAGAUGAGGCUGGUUCUCAGCCAAUGGAACCCUAUGUUGGCAUGAGGUUUGACACCCUUCAAAUUGCUAAGGAUCACUACAACAGCUACGCCUUACGGAUGGGUUUCUCUCUCAAAAUGAACACCUCUAGGCGGACAGGCAAUGUAUUGGUAAAACAGCAGUUUUGCUGCAACAAGUAUAAGAAGCUAAAAGCUGAUGAUGGUGGAGCCGAGGCUCCUCCUAUCCUGGACCCUAUACCAGAUCCAAGACCUGUUGACACUGAUGAGGAAAUGGAAGAUGAACCUCCAAUCUUUGCUGAAGAGGAGGCUGGUGCUAGUAAGAAAAAGAAGAAACGAAAACGCGAGCCAAUAAAGCAGACUCAAUGCAAAGCAAAAAUGUUGGUGAAGCUAAUGGAUGGGCGAUGGGAGGUGACGCAUUUUGUUCGUGACCACAAUCAUCCGCUGGUGAACAAACCUUCAUUGUCCAAAUACUUGAGAUCCCACCAAGGUAUCUCUCCUGAUGAAAAGGAGUUUUUGCGCAUCUUGUAUAACUGCAACUUGACUACAGGACGUAUGAUGCAUGUAAUGGCAGAGUUCUAUGGAUCUGAGAUGAUGGUGCCAUUCGGACCAAAGGCAAUAACAAAUCUGUGUACAAGUUUCCGUAGAGAUGACACAAAGGAGGGUGAUCUGAUUGAGACAAUUGCGCACUUUAAGGAUAUACAAAAAACCGAUCCAGACUUCUUCUAUAAGGUGAAAUAUGAUGAAGAGGACAGAGUUGUCAACAUAUUUUGGGUGGAUGGCUUUGCUCGAAAAGCUUAUGCGGAGGUGUACCACGAUUGCAUAUCGUUUGACACCACCUACAUGACCAACAUGUACAAUAUGCCGUUCGCGCCCUUCAUAGGUAUAAACCGACAUGGCCAAUCUUUCAUGCUGGGUUGCGCGUUUGUGAGGCAGGAGUUGGCAUCGAGCUUUGAUUGGGUCUUUGGAGCAUUCCUAGAGGCUAUGGAUGGCAAACCUCCUGACAACUUCAUCACCGAUCAGGAUGGUGCAAUGAGGCAGUCAAUACAGAGCAUCUUUCCAACCAUCGUUCACCGCUGUUGUCGAUGGCACAUCAUGAAAAAGGCUCAGGAAAAAGUUGGGUGGCUGCUGUGCCGGAAUCCAGGACUCUCUGAUGAUUUCAACAAGUGUGUUGACUUCAGCUUCACUAUAGACGAGUUUGAGCAGAAUUGGGCUGGGUUAAUGAUGAAGUACGAGGCUAUGACACACACUGAGAAGUUGUACGAAUACAGGUCAACUUGGGUGCCGUGCUACUUCAAACACAUGUUCUUCCCCUUCCUACAGUCUACACAGCGUAGUGAGGGGUUCAACGCCGUUCUAAAAAGAUAUGUGAACCCACACAACUCAAUGCUGAACUUCGUCAAGCAAUAUGAAAAAAUCCAGAACCACAUCCUUGCCAAGGAAGGCUGCAAUGAUUACAGGACAGAACACCUUGAGAUUGAGUUGUGGUCCAACUUCCCAAUAGAGAAGCAAGCUUACAAAACCUAUACUAGGGACCUUUACCGCAAGUUCAUAGAAGAGUUUGAGCUGAUUGGACGUUAUAAUGCAUUCCAAGACGGCAUCCUCUGUUGCCACAUCCUCAAGGUGUUCACCCAUAUUGGAGUUGAUGUCAUACCGGAAAGGUACCUGCUAAGACGGUGGACACCUACUGCUGUACCUAGUGCGCCAGGGACUGGUUAUGAGCAACCGGAUGAAAUGCCUCCUCAAUCAAAGAAGCAGAUAAGGGAGAGGAACAUGAUAUAUGAUUUUCGGAAACUAGCAAAGUUUGCGAGUGGUUCUGAUCCAACACAAGCUAUUGUAUACAAGCAUAUGCGCGCAGCACGUACCGAGAUCGGCCACAUGAACAAGUCCAAGAAAAAGAAAAAACCGACUGCUGCCACGGGGCCAUCAGAUGAUGGCAACCCUCGAGGACCUCCUCCACCUCCAGGCAACAAUCAGGGGGCUCAUCAUCCAGGUGAUGUCAACCCUCAAGGAUCUCCUCCACCUCCUGGCUGUACACGGCAUCCUCCGCCACCUCCUCCCCCCGCGUGCUCCUCCCAAUGGCCCUACAGGCAUCACUCAGGGGGCUCAUCGUCCAGGUAA